UGUGUGAAAAAACAUUUUAUUAAUUAAUUAGAUGUUGUGAGGAGAGUUUGCCCUCAUUGUGGGAACCAUAAACUAUGCCAAUUGCCAUCCUUAUGGACACCAAUACGUUCUUGCAACCAAACCGUCGACCAAGUGCCAAAAUUCUAAACAGGGCGUGAACACCUGCUAAAAACACGAUAGCCAGAACGACGAACUCGAUUGUGAGGAAACCAGGAAUUUGCCUAAGAAGACGACACUUAAGAAGCUAGUCAAACAAGUCGAAUUGCAUUUAUUGUAUUGAAAUUGAAAUCUUAUAUCUCACGCUAUCUCCCUUUCUCAUCAUCAUGGGCAAUAAGAAUUCCUGUUGUGCUUACUCCAGUCCGCAAUCGGAUCGCAAAUCAAAGGAUAUGCCACCGGUAUUUGAGGAGAGGCAUCAAUUGAAUCAUCCGCCACAUACAUCGCAACAUCAAUUGGAUGGCCAUCAUCAUGGUGGCUCAACAGCGGCUGUUCAUCAUCAUCAUCAUGGCCACGGUGGCGGUGGUCAUCAUCAUCAUCAGCAGGGCGGAAGUAAUGAUAAUUUUGAAAAUCAACAGAAUCUGCAACACAUCUCCGAAAGGGAAGCCCUGGAGGGUGAAGAAGAUCCAUCGGUGGAUCCAACAGCGGCUACAAUGUUCUUGGAACGUUCAAAAGUUGAAAAUGGUGGCAUGACGCGUAAACGUUCACAACAUCAAAUAGCCCAGCAAGGGAGUAUCAUUUCCGGUGGCGGAGGAGGCGGCGGCGGUGGUGGUGGCAGUACUCCUGGUGGCACCAGUUGUGGCGGCAUGAAGAAAAGUUCCUCUUGUUCCACCAUUUACUUGGACGAUAGCACCGUCUCACAACCCAAUCUAAAGAAUACUGUCAAAUGUGUCUCAUUGGCCAUUUAUUAUCAUAUUAAGAAUCGUGAUUCAGAUCGUCGAUUAAGUAUCUUUGAUGAGAAACUGCAUCCAUUGACCCAUGAUCCAGUUCCCGACAAUUAUGAUACACAUAAUCCUGAACAUCGACAGAUUUAUAAAUUUGUGCGAACUCUAUUCAAUGCCGCCCAAUUGACGGCAGAAUGUGCAAUCAUAACGCUGGUCUAUCUAGAGCGUCUCUUAACCUAUGCCGAAUUGGAUGUGGGUCCAUGCAAUUGGAAACGCAUGGUGUUGGGUGCCAUUUUGCUUGCGUCAAAAGUGUGGGAUGAUCAAGCUGUAUGGAAUGUUGACUACUGCCAGAUACUCAAGGACAUUACAGUGGAGGAUAUGAAUGAAUUGGAAAGACAAUUUCUUGAGCUAUUGCAAUUCAAUAUAAAUGUACCAUCCUCUGUUUAUGCCAAAUACUAUUUCGAUUUACGUACAUUAGCCGAGGCAAAUGAAUUGAAUUUCCCAACAGAGCCGCUCUCAAAGGAGCGUGCCCAAAAACUGGAAGCCAUGUCGCGUGUGAUGCAGGAUAAAGUCACAGCGGAGGCACUGAAAAAUGGCAUCAAAAAAUGGUCCUCGAUGGACAACAUCAGUCAGGGUGGUCCGCGUCGCAGCGUGGCCAUAUUAUCGUGAUUUAUAUUAGCCUACUAAA